GCAGGGCACCAUUCUUUCCUUCUCUUCCUUUCCUACAUGGCGGCAAUCAAACAUGUAAACAAACAUGCUCGGCACAAAGUUUAAAGCUUCAGCGCGGUUCUAGCAGUGGCAAAAUAGCCUCGAGUGUUUACUUUUCACUUCGAGGUAUUUGAAAUGAGUGCACCAGCAUGGUACAGGACCCAGAACCCAGAACAGGACCUGAAGGAGCAAGACACAGGCCGCAUGCUCAAGUGAGAACAACAGGGCUUCAUCUACGGAAAAUAGAAAAAGAAGUCCACGCAAUAUUUCUUCAGGAACUUCUUUCCGGCACCUCUUCUGUCUGAACGUAGUUGACCCUCUGACAACGCACUGCGCAUUAAAGAAGAGGCAAGAGAUUCUUGUGACUUCGAGUCAUCACGUGCCAGGCCCUUUGGAAUCACAACUCCAAGAAAAUGCAGUUCUCUCUGGAGACCCGCAAUCAGCCCAUGAGAGUGAAAUCAGAACCACCUGAUGUUGCAUGCCUGCCACAACCGGGCCAGGUACAUCAACAGCACUGCAGCGAACAUCCUUCAGGAGGUGAUGCUUACGGAGUAACAGCUGGGACAUGUGACGUUAAAGAUGAAACUCGAGAGGAAUCUUCAAAGGAACAUCCAAUCAUGGAAGUCAAGACAGAGCCUUACAACGUUGAAGCCUUGGCUGGACAGGAGCAAAUGGGGCACAACUGUGAUUCAACAUCAGAAGGAGUGACAGCUGGGAAGUGUGACAUUAAAGAAGAACCUCGAAAAGAAUCUUCAAAGGAACAUCCAAUCAUGGAAGUCAAAACGGAGCCUGAUCACAUUGAAAUCUUGACUGGACAGGACCAAAUGGGAUGCAAGUGUGAUUCAACAUCAGAAGGAGUGACAGCUGGGACGUGUCAUGUUAAAGAAGAACCUCGAGAGGAAUCUUCAAAUGGACAUCCUAUCGUAGAAGUGAAAACAGAGCCUUACAACAUUGAAAUCUUGACUGGGCAGGACCAAAUGAGACACAACUGUGACUUAACAUCAGAAGAGUUCUGCCGGGUCUCGGAUCUACGGGAUCACAAGCGGAGGCACACGGGCGAGAAGCUACACAAGUGUGAUGCCUGCAGUGCAGAGUUCUGCCGGAUCUCGCAUCUACGGGACCACAUGCAGAGGCACACGGGUGAGAAGCCACACAAGUGUGAUGUCUGCCCUGUAGAAUUCUGCCAAAUCUCGGAUCUACGAGCUCACAAGCGGAGACACACUGGCGAGAAGCCACACAAAUGUGAUGUCUGUCCUGCAGAGUUCUGCCAGGUCUCGAGUCUGUGGGAUCACAAGCGGAGGCACACGGGCGAGAAGCCACACAAGUGUGAUGUCUGCCCUGCAGAGUUCUACCGGCUCUGGAAUCUACGGGAACACAAGCGGACACACACGGGCGAGAAGCCAUACAAGUGUGAUGUCUGCCCUGCAGAGUUCAGCUGGAGCCAGAGCCUAGUGCUUCACAAGCGGACACAUAUGAGUGAGAAGCCAUACAAGUGCAGUGUCUGUGCUGCAACGUUCACCCGAAAUGACUGCCUACAGCAGCACAAGUCGACACACUCGGGUGAGAAGCCAUACAAGUGUGAUGUUUGCCCUGCAGAGUUCAGCCACAGUAAGCGUCUAAAGGUUCAUAAGCGGACACACACGGGUGACAAGCGACACAAGUGUGAUGUCUGCCCUGCAGAGUUCUACCGGCUCUGGAAUCUACGGGAACACAAGCGGACGCACACAGGCGAGAAGCCAUACAAGUGUGAUGUCUGCCCUGCGGAGUUCAGCCACAGUUCGAGUCUAAAGGUUCAUAAGCGGACACACACAGCUGGGACAUGUGACGUUAAAGAUGAAACUCGAGAGGAAUCUUCAAAGGAACAUCCAAUCGUAGAAGUGAAAACAGAGCCUUACAAUAUUGAAAUCUUGACUGGGCAGGACCAAAUGAGACACAACUGUGACUUAACAUCAGAAGAGUUCUUCCAGAGCACGGACCUGCAGCAUCACAAGCGGGCCCGCACAAGCCAGAAGCUACACAAGUGUGAUGUCUGCCCUGCAGAGUUCUGCCGGGUCUCCGAUCUACGGGUUCACAAGCGGAGGCACACGGGCGAGAAGCCACACAAGUGUGAUGUCUGCCCUGCAGAGUUCUGCCGGAUCUCGGAUCUACGGGUUCACAAGCGGAGGCACACUGGCGAGAAGCCACACAAGUGUGAUGUCUGUCCUGCAGAGUUCUGCCGGGCCUCGGAUCUACGGGAUCACAAGUGGAGGCACACGGGCGAGAAGCCACACAAGUGUGAUGUCUGUCCUGCAGAGUUCUGCCGGAUCUCGGAUCUACGGGAUCACCAGCGGAGGCACACGGGCGAGAAGCUACACAAGUGUGAUGCCUGCAGUGCAGAGUUCUGCCGGAUCUCGAGUCUGCGGGACCACAUGCGGAGGCACACGGGUGAGAAGCCACACAAGUGUGAUGUCUGCCCUGUAGAGUUCUGCCGAAUCUCGGAUCUACGAGCUCACAAGCGGAGACACACUGGCGAGAAGCCACACAAGUGUGAUGUCUGUCCUGCAGAGUUCUGCCAGGUCUCGAGUCUGCGGGAUCACAAGCGGAGGCACGCGGGCGAGAAGCCACACAAGUGUGAUGUCUGCCCUGCAGAGUUCUACCGGCUCUGGGAUCUACGGGAACACAAGCGGACGCACACAGGUGAGAGGCCAUACAAGUGCGAUGUCUGCCCUGCGGAGUUCAGACAGAAGGGGAACCUACAGCACCACAAGCGGACGCACACAGGUGAGAAGCCAUACAAGUGCGACAUCUGCCCUGCGGAGUUCAGCCAGAAGGGGAACCUACAGCAGCACAAGCAGACACACACGGGUGAGAAGCUGUACAAGUGCGAUGUCUGCCCUACAGAGUUCAGCCAGACCAGGUACCUUAAGCAUCACAAGCGGACACACAUGGGUGAGCAGCCAUAGAAGCACGACCUCAUCCUGCAAAAAUCAGCCACAGCGUCGAGUGACAAGCCAUACAGGAGCAUUCUAUGUUCCGCAAACUCAGGCAAAUCACAAAUCUGCCCCUUUGUGUGGGGGCCUUUUAUGGGCGUGAAGCCAUACAAUUGCAACCUCUGUCCUGCAGAGUUCAGCCACUGUACACACACACACACACACACACACAAGCCACAGAACAAGCUGCUAACAGAGCAGGAGCUACUUUAGCCAGUGCAUAACUCCGUGGUUUCACAAGUAGCCACGAGGUGCCUGGGAUAGCAACAGUACAAGUGUGGAGACUAUGUACACAAGAAAGAGGCAAUCCAAGCAUCAAUUCUGUUGUCCUGAACGUGGAGGCCUGAAGAAGCAUGUGGUCAUACGCAUAGGGGGAAGGCUGUACAGACGCAGUUUGUAUCCUACAUCAUUUUAUUUCUGUCCGAUGAUGUGAAACUCACUCACAUGAACAGACUGAGGUUGAGAAAGAGUUGGAUUGGGUGGUGAUGCAUGUGAAAUAUCAGGAAACCCAGUGUCAGGUGUCUAUAGAACAAUCACAGUGAGACAAUUCUGUGUGCCAAUAGAAAUUAAAACCAGUUGUGGUGUUUGGUGUGUCGGGUAGCAUUAGUGUUAUAGAGAAUGUGCGACAAACUUGUGGUGCUGUGAUGUGACCUCUGGAGAAAGUAGCUUGCGUGAUAGCUGAUGUGUCUCUUGCUUUGGUUGCAUGUGAAGUGCAUCUCUUCCUUGCCACACUGGAACUGUUGCGUCGCUAAGUCUGCAAGCACCUAAAAGAACUCUUAUGUUUUGUUUCUCGUGAUUUGUACACUUCCAAUCAGGGCUCGGAACCGUUAUUUUAGGGGGUUCGGUUCAAGUUCCGGUUGAUGGUUAUUGGUUCGGCUUGGGUUCAGUGCAACCAAAAUAAUGGUUUGAACCGACAUUAAUUGGUUUGAAUCAGUUUACAUGUGCUGUUCUAAACAGUGUAAUUAUUCCUGAUUGGCACCGCUGUCAGAGACACUAUUCUGAUUGGCUGACUCUUAGUAGUCAAAUAUGCAGGCUUCCUGUGUGUAGGUUGUGUUGGCCACAUAGAUUUUUUGCGUACCACAAAGCAUCCUAAAAACAGGUCCCAGCUUACGUCUGUACCUUGAAUGCAAGUUUUGAACAUAUGACCUCUGUUUUUGAAACAACCUGAGCAUGGGCCCGCAUAAACAACUGCACAUAAUGAUGUUUGUGAGUGAGAAGAUAGGGAACAGCAUAUGCAACCAGAGGAAUCAAGUGCAAAAUAAUCCAUGCUGCACAGUAUGUCUCCCUUCAUGUGCUCCCACAAUAUUUAGCCCUAACAAACACGCUACACAUCUUCUGGUGCUACUGUAUUGAAAAGUACAGUGCUAGACAAACUUUACUAAACAUGCUUCGGUGCAUUCAUUCUCCAGACUGAUUCCCUAGUAGCGAAUAAGACCAUGGAGACUUGCAACUAGCCUAGGUGACUGGGUUACCCAGGCACAUGGCUGCAACUCUCUAUAGUCCCAUUGGCUACUGGCAUGUCACUCUGAGGGAGGAUUGCACGAGGGCAUGUUUCUUAAACUUUCGUCCAGAACCGUAUGAACAGCUGAUUAUGCAUGAUCAAGGUCUGUUUACUGAAAGAAAUAUAAGCUUUCAUAAAAUUCUCA